AUGCUUCAGUCGGUAAAGAAGACUUUGGUAGGGGGGCGGAAAAAGCAGGGAAAGGCAGAUGCGUCGCACGACGCGGGCAAUGCAGCGGCGGCGGCCGCCCCAGCGGGCGCGGCACGGGCAGGGUCGGGUAAAGGCGCAGGCGCAGCGAAUGGCGGCAAGGCUGUCCCUGGUCAAACGCCAGCUGGAGCCCAACCCGCACCCGCCGACGCGGUUGACGGCGCUGCCCACCUGCGCGACCCGAGCGAGGUGAUCGCCCCCGCGGACGCGUCGCCGUUCGCGGAGCCGCUGCCGUCGUUGCGCGACGUGGCGGCGGCGGAGAAGCAGGCGCUGUUCAUCCGCAAGGUGCAGCUGUGCGCGCACGUGGUGGACUUCAGCGACCCCAUGGCGCACGUGAGGGAGAAGGAGGUGAAGCGGCAGGCGCUGCUGGAGGUGGUGGACGCCGUGAACGCGGGCACGGGCCGGUUCACCGACGCCGCCUUCACCAGCCUCACGCGCAUGCUCGAAGCCAACCUCUUCCGCCCCCUGCCGCCCUCCGCGCACGAGAUGGCGGGCGCGGAGUCAUUGGAGGCGGAGGAGGAGGAGGCGACGAUGGAGGCGGCGUGGCCGCACCUGCAGAUGGUGUACGAGGUGCUGCUGCGGUACGUGGUGUCUCAGGACACGGACGCCAAGGUGGCCAAGCGCUACAUCGACCAGCGCUUCAUCCUGCGCCUGCUGGCGCUGUUUGACUCGCAGGACCCGCGCGAGCGCGACUACGUGAAGACCAUCGUGCACCGCAUCUACGGCAAGUUCAUGGUGCACCGGCCGUUCAUCCGCCGCGCCAUCAAAGCCAUCUUCUUCCGCUUCAUCUACGAGGACCAGCGCCACAGGGGCGUGGCGGAACUGCUGGAGAUCCUGGGCUCCAUCAUCAACGGCUUCGCGCUGCCGCUCAAGGACGAGCACAAGCUCUUCCUCGUGCGCGCGCUCAUCCCGCUGCACAAGCCCUCGUGCGUUGCCAUGUACCACCAGCAGCUCGCCUACUGCGUCACCCAGUUCGUCGAAAAGGACCCGCGCCUGGCUGACGUGGUGGUGCGCGGUCUGCUGCGGUUCUGGCCGGUGACGAACAGUGGGAAGGAGGUGCUGUUCCUGGGCGAGUUGGAGGAGGUGCUGGAGCUGACCCAGCCGCCCGAAGGUGAUUUCCGUGCCUCUAAUCGUGAGAUGCUGCUCGCACACAAGGGAAUGCCUCGCCUGCUCUGCUUGCAGCACCGCCUGUGCCACUGGGUGGCGGAGCGCGCGCUGUUCCUGUGGAACAACGACUACAUCGUCACUCUCGUCGCUCAGCACCGCGCCGCCAUCCUGCCGCUCGUCUUCCCCGCCCUCGAACGCAACGCCCGCACCCACUGGAACCAGGCGGUGAACGGGCUGACCAUCAACGUGCGCAAGAUGUUUCUCGAGAUGGACCAGCAGCUCUACGAUGACUGCCAGCGCCACUUCCUGGAAGACGAGGCCCGUGCUGCUGACGUGGAGGAGCUGCGCGCCGCCACGUGGCAACGGCUGGAGGAGGCUGCAGCAGCGAGGAGCAGUGGGGCAGGGAGCGGGGGGCGAGAAGGCGAGGGGCAAGAGGGCGAGGGGCAAGGGGGCAUGGAUGUGGACGGCAGAGGCAGGGCGGCGACCAAUGGGGCCAUCCCAGGCUUGUGA